GUUCAUAUUAAAGGAUUUGUUUUUAUUGUCAAGACAUAAGUACUACACACCCUUUGACUUAGCCACAAUUGAGGAUACCGCGCAGUGCGCAUGUGCAACACUUUCACCGAGUCUACCAACACGUGCGCUCAGCUGCCGCCAUGUUUCGCCCAUUUUCUCCGAACUUGGUUCGACCUAACCUGCCCUUGAGGAAACCAUCAUCGAGCCCCUUGGCUCUUUCUACCCCAAGGCCUCCACCUCCUCCAAGACAUCCCUCCAUGUCGGAUGCAACACUUGCGCACCCUGCAGCCUCGACUAAUUCACCAGUCAGCAGGGAUCAAGCUGCAGUGGUAGUGUCCAUACCAUCACCACUGCCUCUAUACUCCUGCAACUUCUGUUGUCAGCAAGGACAUUUUCGCUGUACCCGCUGCAAGAAGACGCCGUACUGCUCUGUGGCGUGUCAGACAGAAGACUGGAAGGUACACAGAUACGUGUGCAAGUCCAUUGAUCCAGAACCUGCAAAAGUGAAAACCCAGGAAACUGCAGCUUCGCCGGUGACGGUAGACAGAGCCGGCCUGCUUCAGUUUAAGCACGGUGAUGCAUCCAGCCACCAGAGGGUCUAUUUGAAGGACUUGCAUAUGACUAAAGUCAUUAAGGGAACAGACAUCCAGGCAUCUGUUGUAGAGUUCUACAACCCUGGCAGGCUUUUCCUUCUUGCCCAAAGUCCUGAGCUGCUGGCAGCUCUUCAAAGCAUCAGCACAGAGCUCCAGAAAACGUACAGCUGCCCAUCAGUGACGACAUAUGUACCCCAUGUUGGAGAGGUUUGCGCGGUUCAGUUCUCCUGUGAUCUGAACUGGUACCGAGGCCUGGUACAGACUUUGGCUGCUGACCAGAAGAGUGCUAAUAUCCUUUAUAUUGACUUUGGCAAUGAAGAGGAUGUCCCUGUGGACAGGAUCAAGCACCUGGCUGCUAAUAUCCAGCCAUUUUGUCCAUGCGCUAUGGAGUGCCGUAUUGUCGGGGUAGUGCCAGUGACUGACAACUGGUCAGGCGAGUGCUGUAUUUCAGUGAAACAGCUGUUGGCCGGCAAGAUUGUAACUGUUAAGCUGCUGGAAACACCAGAAAAUGUUCGCAUCCAUGCUGUGGAUAUCCUGCUUUCCAUUGAAAAGAUGUUGAGCACAUUCCUCCUGGAGCACGGUUACGCAGCAGAGGAAACGGUUAACGUAACACCAACUAUGCAAGAAAUAAACGCCAUGGUGAGUGCAUCCUUGGAAAACUUCAAGUGUCUCUCUGAUGGGAAGGACGACAACACCUGGGCUCAGGCACCAGAGCCCCUGACACAGGCAGUGGGGGACUCCUUCUGUGUCGUGGUCACCCACCUCCAGUCACCCAAUGACAUUAUUGUACAGAAGGUGGAGAACGCUGGAGUAAUUCAGAAGUUGCAGCUGCAGUUGAGGGAACACUGCUGUCAGGCCCUGGUCCCCCAGGACUUCAGGCCAGCCCCCGGCACAGUUUGCUGUGCCCAGUUCUCAGAGGACAAGCAGUGGUACAGGGCAAAGAUUCUGGCUUAUUCAUCAGAGGAACACGUCUGUGUCGGCUACCUUGAUUUUGGCAACUCUGAGGAGGUAGAUUUAGGCCACCUGCGGCCUAUCAGCACUUCACUGCUGGCCCUGCCCAUGCAGGCUAUGCCUUGUGGUCUAGCAGGGGUGCAGCCUGUUGGGGAGAGCUGGUCGGAGGACUGCCUGCUGGCUCUGCAGCGAAGGGUAUCGAACCGAAUACUGCGCGUUGAGAUCCACAGAGCGCACGAUGGCAAAGCUUUAGUGGCCAUGAUUGAUGAGACCAGUGAUCCUCAGGCUAAUGUAGCCGAGCUGUUGACCUUUGCUGGUUUCGCUGCGCCUGCUCCUCUUCAGACCAGUAGUGAGCUGCAGGCUGACCAGACAGCGACUGCUGCUGUGGAACCACAUGUGCCGACCCCGGCCUGUGAGCCUCUGGUGUGGUCUUGUACUGAACUUCCCCGUGACGGCCAGACAGUGGCACUGCUAGCCAGUGUCGUGGAGAACCCUCUAGAGUUUCACUGCCGGAUCGACAAUCCUGCAGACCAUCAGCGGUUGAUAGAGCUGGGGGCGGAGUUGAAACAGCAUUGUGAGGCGAAAGUCUCCCCCUUUGAGCCCAAAGUGGGGGAGCCCUGUUGUGCCAUGUUUCCUGGUAAUGGAGAGUGGUAUCGGGCUAUGGUAAACGGGCUGCCUGAAGACGUGGCUGUAAACUUUGUAGACUUUGGUUAUAGCAUGAAAGUGGAAAAGAAGCACCUCCGAUCCAUUACACCCCGACUCCUGACUCUCCCAUUCCAGGCAAUUUGCUGCUGGCUCACAGGUGUAGAGCCCCUGGGAUCAGAGUGGAGCAGCGAAGCCCUGCUGGGGUUCCAGACUCUGGUAGAUGGCAAGCAGCUCUCGGCACGUGUCCUUUGUGUCACUGAACAAGGUUACGGUGUGGAUCUGGAGAGCAAAGGUCAGAAUGUGGCAGCUGCCCUUAUUUCUGAGCAACUUGCCAAAGGUCCUGGAGCGAUUCCCAAAGAGACACAUGCAACCACAGGCGCUGGACACUGCGAGAAAACACAGGGAACUGAGCACAGCCAAGCACAUGUGCAAGCCUCCAACCAGACAGGAGCCAGCUCCCAAGAGAUGCCGACUGUGGGGUGGACUGCAGUGCCAUCAGAAGCCCCAUCUUUCCCAGUGGACUGGACGAUGGUGGAGCUGCAGCUUAACGCCACCUUUCAGCCCCACUUUGCAGCCAUCACCAGUCCUUCCCUCUUCUACCUGCUCGGUCCCAGCCCGGUGGACCAGCCCAAUCUUCAGGAGGUGAUGAUGGAGCUGGCUGCAUACUGCAGCAACAUUCAGGCCUCUUUAUCCUCCACUGUCCUGAGCAGACCAGCUCCUGGGGCUGCCUGCUGUGCCCAGUUCUCUGCUGACAACAACUGGUACCGUGCGGUGGUGCUGGAGGUCGGUGAGAAUGAGAUGAGUGUCAUCUAUGCAGAUUAUGGCAACACUGAGAAGGUGCCAUUCGUCCGUAUCUUGCCCAUCCCCAUGCGACUGCUGCAGCUCCCCUUUCAGAUCAUUCGCUGCACCCUCACUGGUAAGGAGCACUUCCCUACAGAGUUGCCAGAGGAAGUGCUGCAGAUGUUUCAAAGCCUGCUGUUGAAUGGCGUCCUCGCCACUGUCCAGUCCUUCGAUGGCUCUAUUAACGUGCUCUCACUCAGUCUGCCCACUGAGAAAGGCGGGGGGCACCUCACCACUAUGCUCUUGGAUGCACUACAGGUCCACGCCAAGAGUAACCCUGGCCCAACCACCACCCUGAAGGCUGCCCAAACUGACAGCAGCACUUCUACUGCAAGCACUACAGUUGUGCACGACUGCCCCCUGCCCACAUCAGAAGCCCUAAAGGGGCUGGAAAAUACAACAGCUACCAGCGGCCUAACCAUAUCCCCAAAGCUGCCACCCCAGACUCCUCAGCCGAAGGAAAACACUUCUGCUGCGCCACUCAAUGAAGAUCCAGUUCAGAAGAGUAUUAAGCAAAUGGAGCCUCCAUGCAAAUUCACACAAACUAAUGAUUCUCAGACUGGUGGCUGCUGCUGUCUGAACCUGAUGACUAAGAUUGACCACCUGGAACAGUUGAUGCAGCUGCAACUUUCUCUCAUCACGCAGACAAAAUAAGAUUGACCAAUUGCAUAACUUCAUAGUCUUGUUCGCCAACUUAAAGUUAAACUUAAGUUAAAAUCAAGUAUGUUGUGUUUUUUCCAACCAUGUUUCUUUAAAACGAGUUGACUGUGAAUGUGGCCUCGAGAAGCAGCCAUCCAGCUUUACAUUUUGUUUAAUUUUAAUUUUGUGUCCGUAUCCGGGGCUUUAAUGUUUUUAAACUGGUUACAUUUCAUUCACAUUUAUUUAUUUUUAUUUCUUGAGGUUUUCAUAAAAAAAUACUUUAUGCUCUUAAGUUUGUUAAAGUUGGCAGAAAACUCUAAUAAAAAAUGUUCACCCUCAAUU